AUGAAUGAGGAAGUGCAGGGAGGAGAGGAGAAGAACUGGCAAGAGCUUGAACCCAAAUAUGGGAUCAAAAUCUUCCUCACGGUCCUCUACAGCCUCAUCCUGGUGACGGGCAUUGUGGGUAAUUCAGUCACUAUCCGAGUGACCCAGGUGCUAAUGCGUAAGGGCUACCUUCAGAAGAACGUCACUGACCACAUGGUGAGUCUGGCUUGCUCUGACAUCUUGGUGCUUCUCAUUGGCAUGCCGGUGGAGCUUUACAGCGCCAUCUGGUUCCCCUUCACGUCGGCGUCGGGCAACGCCUUCUGCAAGAUCUACAACUUCCUGUUUGAGGCUUGCAGCUAUGCCACCAUCCUCAACGUGGCCACGCUCAGCUUUGAACGCUACAUCGCCACCUGUUACCCUUUUCGCUUUAAAACCUUGGGAGGAAAAUGGACCACUGGCCUAAUCACCUUCGCCUGGGUCUUGUCCCUGAUCGUGGCCCUGCCACUGCUGAUCACCAUGGGCACGCAGGGGCACAUCCCAGUCACACGCAGCACCCCAGUCCAGAACCUGACCUUCUGCACCAACCUGAGGGAGCACUGGGUGAUGUACAGGAUCAGCAUCUUCUUUGCCUUCAUCGUGUACAUGAUCGUGCUGGUCUGCGUGGCUUUCAUGUGCCGGGCUAUGAUCCUGGUCCUGAAGAAGCCGAUGGGAUUCAUUGAAGAAGGCACCAGUGGAAAUCAAAGAGCAAUCCAUAAUGAAAGUUCAAAGGUCAAGUCAGCCAGGAAGCAGACCAUAGUUUUUCUUGUUCUCAUUGUUGGAUCCUUGAUGGUAUGCUGGCUUCCCAACCAGAUUCGCCGUCUUAUGAUGGCCGCUAUGCCCAAGUCCAACUGGACCAUUACUUACUUCCGGAGCUACGUCAUCCUCCACCCCGUGGCCGACACCUUCUUCUACCUCAGCUCUGUCCUCAACCCUUUCCUCUACAACCUCUCCUCCCGGCAGUUCAGGGACGUAUUCAUGCAGGUUCUGCGGUGUCACCUUACCAUCGUGCAUAAAAAUCAAACAGGUCUGAAAACCACUGACCUAAAGCAGCAGGAUCCAUACGAGCAUCCCCAAAAAGAGAGGGGUGCGUGCAUUUAA